GCUAACCCGACCAGCGAACACUUCGGCUUCCUGACACUGCUCCCUCGCGGCCACACGCCACUCGCCAUGGAUGGAACGAGUUGACUCUUGCUUCUUUGACUUAAAUGAUAAAUUCACGCUAAAUUUUCCUUUGCAUUUAGUGGUAAAUAAAAAGCAUAGCAAUCCCUGAUGUUUGGUAUUAUCUGUCCCUCACAUGAGCAGUACGGCAGCAGUACAGGAGCGUGAAGGAGGCUGGUGUUGUAUAGACACAUGUUGUGUUCUUCCGAUGAACAGGAAGACACAAACUGCGGUAAGGUCACACAGCGCCUCCUGCAGGAUGCAGCUCUUCUCUCCUUCUCCCUCUCCUACUGGCGGACAGAGCUCACAAACUAAAUGUACAAUGUACAGUUCCUCGGUUUUUCGUCAACAACGUGAAAAUAUCUUAUGUAACUGUUUGCUAACCGUCCACUCACUUGUUGCACUAAAUUCGUCAUCACAAGGGGGGGGUAUGAAUAUACUUAUCCUCCAAUUUUGGAUGUUCCAUUUGGAUUUUUCUUAAGGAUCUGGCACAUCUGUGGGCCUUUUUUUUUUUUUUUCUUCCAUUUUGUUGUCCUGAGCCAGUGCAUGUGUUACAUACAUAAAAAAAAAAAUCCUCUGACACUUAAUGUCACAUACAGUUGGCGAACAAAUAUAUCGGGAGAAGAAGGUGAAGUUUUGUCAAACCUAAACGAGAUAAUCAAUGGAGCUAGUCACGGCACAGGGCAUCCGAACAACGGAUCACAACACCUCGCACUCGCUUAGGGCACUCUGUGGCUUAGAGUUGUCUUCUGUUUCCAUCGCAUGCUGUCAGAGAGAGAGAGAGAGAGAGAGAGAGAGAGAGAGAGAGAGAGAGAGAGAGAGAGAGAGAGAGAGAGAGAGAGAGAGAGAGAGAGAGAGAGAGAGAGAGAGAGAGAGAGAGAGAGAGAGAGAGAGAGAGUGUGUGUGUGUGUGUGUGUGUGUGUGUGUGUGUGUGUGUGUGUGUGUGUGUGUGUGUGUGUGUGUGUGUGUGUGUGUGUGUGUGUGUGUGUGUGUGUGUGUGUGCGUGAGUGAGUGAGCUGUCAGAUCCUCUCACCACCGUUUUCAGGUCCUGCCUGAUGGAGCACAGAUGGCCCUCUAUAAGGAAGGAGGCGCGGGUGGUACCAGCCCAUAAGAACUCAGAGUCUAAGCCUAUCAACUACAGACCCAUCUCGCUGCUCUCUGUGGUGGCCAAGUUGGUGGAACAGAUGGUGGCAGAUGUCAUCUGUCAUCACCUGAGUGAGCUCCGCCUCUUCUUAGACGAGUAGUUCGGCUUCCAGCCUGGCCGCUCAACAGUGGACCUCCUCACCCUCCUCUUCCAAGGUUGGCACAAUGCCCUGGACGAAGGCCUGGAUACUCGUGUGAUGGCCCUGGACAUUGCUAAAGCCUUUGAUAGGGUUUGGCACGCGGGGCUUGUGAAAAAAAAAACUUUGCGCCAAGGGUAUCCAGGGCAACCUUCUUGCGCUGCUCGAGGACUGCCUCCAGGGGAGAACCCUCCGGGUAGUCAUCAACGGGCAGGCAUCCCAAUCAUCACCUAUACAGGCAUAGGUUCCACAGGGUUCAGUGUUGGGUCCGAUCCUGUGGAACAUGUACACUGAAGACCUCCUGCGGCAAAUACCGACUCUGUUUGCAUACGCCGACGACUGCAGUCUCUCCCGGUCCUACUGCCGCUCCGACAGUCAGCGAACCGUCAGAGAGCUAAACAGGCAGCUCAGGCUGAUGACGGAGUGGGGAGAGACGUGGCAAGUCGGCAUCGCUCCAGAGAAGACGCAGGCGAUGGUCAUCUCACGGUCCCCAGCUGCCCCCCCGCCUUCCUCCGGCAAUCUCAUGCCAUCUAUGUUUUGGAGGCCAGACACUUCCCCUCCAGGAACACGUCAAGGUGUUGGGAGUGACAGUGGACUGUGGCCUACGAUUCAACCGCCAUGUUGCUGCUGUUGCCCAUCAGAGCUCCCUGCGAGUCUCUGCCCUGCGUCGGAUGGCGGGAAACCUCGACUCCCGGGGCGUCUUUACACUGUAGAAGGCUCAGAUACAGCCUUGUAUGGAGUACAGUGCCUUGUCCUGGAUGUCGAGUACCGCCACCCACUUGCAGAGACAGGAUGCCGUGCAACGGCGUGCCCUGCGGCUGGUGGGGAUGGACGGACAGCAGCAGCAGCAGCAGGAGGAGCAGACCGGAGUCAUGUCUCUGAAGCAUCGGCGGGACGUGUCGGUCCACGAGCUGUCCAGAGGGAGUCCAGGACCACCACCUCCAGUGACAUGCUGGUGCAGGUGCCUCGAUCUCACUCGAGGCAGUACCAGCGCUUUUACACAGCCAGAACCUCCAGACUGUGGAACUUGUUCACGGCAGCCACGAGUGAUACACAAUGACACUCCAGCAAGUGAAAGUGGCUGCCCACAGGUGGCGAAAAACACAAACUUCCACAUGUCUGGGGGGGUUCCACUCAUACUGCUCUUCUAGACAGGGUGGAAUCAAAAGCUUUUCGUCUCAUCAACUCCUCUCCUCUAACUGACUGUCUUCAGCCCCUCUCUCACCGCCGCAAUGUUGCAUAUCUAGCUGUCUUCUACCGCCAUUUUCAUGCCAACUGCUCUUCUGAUCUUGCUAACUGCAUGCCUCCCCUCCUUCCGCGGCCUCGCUGCACAAGACUUUCUUCUUUCUCUCACCCCUAUUCUGUCCACCUCUCUAACGCAAGAGUUAACCAGUAUUCUCAAUCAUUCAUCCCUUUCUCUGGUAAACUCUGGAACUCCUUGCCUGCUUCUGUAUUUCCACCUUCCUAUGACUUGAAUUCCUUCAAGAGGGAGGUUUCAAGACACUUAUCCACCAAUUUUUGACCACUGCUUUGACCCUUUUAAGGGACUGGCAUUUCAGUGGGCAUUUUUUUUUAUUAGAUUUUUGUUGCCCUUGGCCAGUAUCCUUCCUACAUAAAAAAAAAAAAACUAGUGCUGUGUUAAUGAUUUCUGUAUAUAGUAGGAUAAGUAUGUUUUUUUUGUAUAUAUUUUCUUUUUUAUAUUUAAAUGUAGGCUUUAAAUAGCAGCACAAAAAAAAAAGAGUUGCUUUAAGCCUUAUGUAAAUUUCUUUAAAUAAAAGAGAGAGAGAGAGAGAGAGAGAGAGAGAGAGAGAGAGAGAGAGAGAGAGAGAGAGAGAGAGAGAGAGAGAGAGAGAGAGAGAGAGAGGAGGGGGCGAGUUAUUACACUUGUAUCACACUUCUAUUUAUCCAUCAGUUAGAGGAACAAUUAUUAUUUUCAACAUUAUCAUAAUAUAAGUAAUACAAAAUCUCCGUCUCAGUUCAUUUUUCUUCAUCCAGAACUUUAAAAAUCUAAAUAAAUGCGGACAGGAGCCUAUGCAUGGGUUACGAUACUAUAAGAGUGAAGAGCAUGAACAAGUACCACUGGUGAGUAUUGUUGGGAUGACCAGAGCCUGUGUCCCGCCCAUCGCCUCCCUUAGCCUGUGGUGGGGGAAGGAGGGAAGGUAAGGUUGGGAAACAAAAUCCCAGCGAAGAAAACUUGGAGAAAAAUACAUUAUAGUAUACUCAGCAAACUCAUCCUAACCUAACCUGAUCUAAUCUAUCAUAAUCUACAAUAACCUAAUUGAAUCUAACCUAAUCUAACUCAACAAUCAAAUAACAUAACCUAGUUCUCACCUAAUCUAACUUUACUCAACCUAACCUAACUUAACCUAAUUCAAUUUAACCUAACCUUACUCAGGCUAACUUAAUCAAACCUAUCGUGGCCUAACCUAACGUAUCCCGUCGGCGCCUCUUGCCUGUUUUGAAUUUUGAAGUUCCGGCGCGUGGUGGGAGUCCCGGCAGGGUGGGCGGGGCGUUGCCAGCGCCAGUCAUCUAAGAGUGCCAUGAGGAGCGCCACACCUCACCCACCCUUGUCAUGGAGCGAAGCGCCCUGCUGGUGGUCCUGAUGUGAGGUGUGUGCCUGCCUGCUGGCCUCUGCCAUGGCCUUCCCUCGACCUGAACCGCUGCCCGGAAACAGAUUCCCUCCUCCUGAAGACCCGAACUGCUCCUGUUUCCCUCUGUCCUGUGUAUGUGCAGGGGAUCCCGUCCCUUAGUGGUGACGGAAGCAUGACUCUGGGAGCCUCCCCACGACCUGGACCUGUACAAGACAAGGGCUUGGACUGUGCUGAUGGGGAAGCAACACUCCUCGGCUCUCCUUCCUUUAGGUACUUCACACACAGAAUGUACUGAUGUUAUGUGCAAAGACCGGAGGAAGCUCGCGACGCCGGGCACGAGUGAACCUCCCUACACGGUAACCCCUCAGUGCCUCCUCCUUCGGCGCGUCGUGGGAGUCCCGGCAGGUGGGCGGGGAGUAGCCAUGAGGAGCGCCACAUCUCACCCACCCUCGACAUGGAGCGACGCGAUCUGAUGGUGGUUCUGCUGUGUGUGUGUGUGUGUGUGUGUGUGUGUGUGUGUGUGUGUGUGUGUGUGUGUGUGUGUGUGUGUGUGUGAUUCUGUCUAACGUUACUCCUUCCCCAGGGUGUGUGGCUGCCUGUUGGUCUCUGCCGCGGCCUCCCCUCAGCCUGACAGGAACUACGAUCGCUCGUCUGCACUCUUCCGUAAAAACUCUCAGGUUCUUAUAAGCCUUGUGGUGCAGUACAAGGUGUUCAUAAGAUCAUUUUCUGUCAGUUUGUCCACCUUUCACCUUAUGGAUCAGCUGUUUAACUCCUUUUUAAGCAGGAAGGAUGAGCAUGGUAUGGUGCCAAGUCAUUCAUUUUCACUAACUCGUGUCGUGUCUCCCCAAAUAGGCAGCAGAUGCUUUUGCUAUGCCUACUCUUGUGACUGUGGAUGGGACCCCAGACUUUAUGGGUGAUGAGAACAACGCGUGGCUCUGGGGCCCUCGACCUGACCUGAACCAACAAACCUUAAGAUAAAAAAUAAAAAAAAUAUUGACUCUUCCCUCUUACUUGCAUUCAUGUCCCAAUGAAGCCUGCAAUAUCUGCUGAUGUUUAGUAUUACUCUGGUCUUCCUUUGCCUCCCUGCACGCUGCCUGUCAGGUGGAUGUACAAGACUGGAGCUUCGGGACAGGUUAACAAUGAGCACUGCUUACUACUCAUCCACCUGCGUGAGCUGUUAACUGUGUGGCGUUAAUCAGCUCUAGUGGAUAACAUUCUGAAGACCUGGUGACAGAGCACCAAAGGAAGGGCUGGGAAACAGGAAAAAGGACAAGAGCCAGGAGGAAAAUGCUUCACAGCAUCCUAACCAAACCAAACAAAACAAAAUCUAACUGAGCCUUACCUAAUUCAGUCUCACUUAACCUAAACUAAUCAACCUAAUUCGAUCUAACUAAACCAAAUCUAACCUAGCCUGACCUAACCCUCUGCGUCUCCUCCCUUUCUUGAGUUCCGGCGCGUGGUGGGAGUCCCGGCAUGGUGGGCGGGGCGUAGCCAGUGCCAGUCACCUGAGAGUGCCAUGAAGAGCGUCACACCUCACCAGCCCUCGACAUGGAGCGACGCGUCUUGCUGAUGGUCUUGCUGGUGUGUGCCUGCCUGCUGGCCUCUGCCGUGGCCUUCCCUCAGACUGACCUACUGCUCAAACACCCUCCUCAUUUUUCUCCUCUGGAAGGGGCAGACUGCUUCUGUUACACUCUGCCUUGUGAAUGUGGGAGGGGACGCAAACCUACCUGGUGACGAGAGCAACAUGUUACUUUGGGAGCUUCGACAUGACUUAACUUGACCUAACCUGAACCAACAAGCCUCAAGAUGAAAAAUAAAACUUGCAUUCAUGUCCUAAUAAAGCCUGAAAUAUCU